GCUUCUGAUCUGCCCUCCAGGGAUUCCCCCCUUUGGGUCCCUCCUCAUGGGGAUCCCCCCAAGCUUCCAUCCUUCUUCCAUGCUUUGGGGUCUCCCCACUGAGGCCUCUCACCUGCUCCCCUCCCUUCCCUGGAGCCGAGCGGGGAGUGAUUUCGGGAAGCGGGCAAGGAGGGAGCCGGCGGGACCGUGCUGGGCACAGGCAGGUGGAGGAUGAACGGCGAAGCCGAGUGCCCUGCAGACUUGGAAAUGACAGCUCCCAAAAACCAAGACCGCUGGUCGCAGGAGGACAUGCUGACCCUCCUGGAGUGCAUGAAGAAUAACCUGCCCUCCAACGACGGGAGCAAGUUCAAAACCACCGAGUCCCACCUGGACUGGGAAAAAGUGGCUUUCAAGGACUUCUCGGGGGAGAUGUGCAAGAUGAAGUGGAUGGAGAUCUCUAACGAGGUGAGGAAGUUCCGGACCCUCACAGAGCUCAUUAUGGAUGCUGAAGAGCACGUGAAGAACCCUUACAAAGGCAAAAAGCUCAAGAAACACCCCGACUUCCCCAAGAAGCCCCUGACUCCCUAUUUCCGCUUCUUCAUGGAGAAGCGGGCCAAGUACGCCAAGCUUCACCCCGAAAUGAGCAACCUGGAUCUCACCAAGAUCCUGUCCAAGAAAUACAAGGAGCUUCCCGAGAAGAAAAAGAUGAAAUACAUCCAGGACUUCCAGCGAGAGAAGCAGGAGUUUGAGAGGAACCUGGCGAGGUUCAGGGAAGACCACCCGGAUCUCAUCCAGAACGCCAAGAAAUCCGACGUCCCCGAAAAACCCAAGACCCCCCAGCAGCUGUGGUACAACCACGAGAAGAAGAUCUACUUGAAAGUGCGUCCAGAUGUGAGUACGGCCACCACGAAGGAGGUGAAAGAGUCGCUGGGCAAGCAGUGGUCUCAACUCUCGGAUAAAAAGAGGCUGAAAUGGAUUCAUAAGGCCCUGGAACAGCGGAAGGAGUACGAGGAGAUCAUGCGGGACUACAUCCAGAAGCACCCGGAGCUGAACAUCAGCGAGGAGGGAAUCACCCGCUCCACCCUCACCAAGGCCGAGCGGCAGCUCAAGGACAAGUUUGACGGACGACCCACGAAGCCACCUCCGAAUAGCUACUCCCUGUACUGUGCAGAGCUGAUGGCCAACAUGAAAGACGUGCCCAGCACCGAGCGGAUGGUGCUGUGCAGCCAGCAGUGGAAGCUGCUCUCCCAGAAGGAAAAGGAUGCAUACCACAAAAAGUGCGACCAGAAAAAGAAAGACUACGAGAUCGAGCUGCUCCGCUUCCUGGAGAGCCUGCCCGAGGAGGAGCAGCAGCGGGUGCUGGGCGAGGAGAAGAUGCUGGGCGGCAACCGGAAAGGGGCGACGAGUCCCGCAUCCAAAAAAUCCUCACCGGAGACCGGCAAGGCCAGCUCCGAGAAGCCCAAACGACCCAUCUCUGCCAUGUUCAUCUUCUCGGAGGAGAAGCGGAAGCAGCUGCAGGAGGAGCGGCCGGAGCUGUCGGAGAGCGAGCUGACCCGGCUCCUGGCCCGCAUGUGGAACGACCUCUCAGAGAAGAAGAAGGCCAAGUACAAAGCGCGGGAGGCGGCGAUGAAGGCGCAGUCAGAGAAGAAACACGGCUCAGAUAAAGAGGAGCGCGGGAAACUGCCCGAGUCUCCCAAAACAGCCGAGGAGAUCUGGCAACAGAGCGUCAUCGGGGACUACCUGGCUCGUUUUAAGAACGACCGGGGCAAAGCGCUGAAGGCCAUGGAGGCCACUUGGAACAACAUGGAGAAGAAGGAGAAGCUGAUGUGGAUCAAGAAAGCGGCGGAGGAUCAGAAGCGAUACGAGAGGGAGCUGAGCGAGAUGCGGGCCCCUCCGUGCUCCACCAACUCCACCAAGAAAAUGAAAUUCCAGGGAGAGCCGAAGAAACCCCCCAUGAAUGGUUACCAGAAGUUCUCCCAGGAACUGCUGUCCAACGGGGAGCUGAACCACCUCCCGCUGAAGGAGCGGAUGGUGGAGAUCGGCAGCCGCUGGCAGCGCAUCUCCCAGGGCCAGAAGGACCACUACAAAAAACUGGCAGAGGAGCAGCAGAAACAGUACAAGGUGCACCUCGACAUCUGGCUCAAGAGCCUCUCGCCCCAGGAGCGGGCUGCCUACAAGGAACACAUUUCCAAUAAACGCAAGAGCAUAGGGAAGAUCCGGGGUCCCAACCCCAAGAUGAAGCCAACGAUGCAGUCCAAGUCGGAGUCAGAGGAUGACGACGAGGAGGAAGAGGAGGAGGAAGACGACGACGAAGACGAGGAUGACGAUGACGACAACGGCGACUCGUCGGAGGAAGGCGGCGACUCCUCGGAGUCCAGCAGUGAGGAGGAGAGCGAGGACGGGGACGAGUGUGAAUGCCGAGUAAGUCACCAGAGUCAAAGCUUUACACCGGUGCAACUGAAAUCAGAGUAUGCUGGAUGGCGCUGGGGCCAGAAACCGUGUCCGUGCCUUGUGCUCGCCACCGGACAGAACGAUGAGGAUGACGAAGAUGAGGAUGAUGAGGAUGAGGAUGACAACGACUCAGAGGGCAGCAGCAGUUCCUCCUCCUCCUCGGGGGACUCCUCCGACUCCGACUCCAACUGAUCCGGCCAAGCUCUUCGUAACGUCGUUUGGUUUCUUGGUUUCGGUCCCAAAUCCCACUCGCAGCCCCCCAAAAUCCUUCCUCUGCUUCCUCCUGACCCCCUGGGCGAGACACAGCCCCCCCGUGGGACCCCCAACACGAGGAACAGGGGUCGGGGGGACCCCUCCACCAAGCUCACACUACGGAGGGGGAUCAGGGGGCUGCCCCCCCCGGCUGGGGGGCAAGGAGGGGGCCCCCCAUCCCUCCCCCCCGCUUUACUCCCGGGGGGAAGUGAUUUAUUUUUUUUUUAAAUUUCAUUCUUUUCGGGGAGGGGGGCAUCCCUACCCCCAUCACCCCUUCGCUACCAGCUCCGGACUUUAUAGAAAGAGAAGAAAAACACACAGGAAAACAAAAAAACACAAAACAAAAAAAAAGAAACAAACAACAGCACCCCCCCCUCCCCCAACACACCUUUUUUUUUAAUUAAAAAACCCAGAAACGGAGAAAAAAAAUAUCCCCCCCUCCCCGCGCAGCCCCUCCGGCAGCGGGCGCGGAGCACGAGCCGAGGCGCUCAGGACUCAGCCGAUGGGACAAUGUCUCCUUUUGCAACCUCCCCCACCCCUCUGUGCACCCCUCCUCCCCCCCAAAAAUCCCCCCCUUGUACAGUCUGGAAGCUGCACCGGGAGCUGCCCGGGAACUCUGCAUCCACGGCACUUGGGAACGCCGGCCACGGCCCGGACCGUGCCCACCCCCCUGCCCCGGCACGGCCCCGAUUUGGUGGGGGGUGGGAUGGGGGGGGGAGGUUGAAGGGAGGGGAGAGUGUGUGUGCGAGCGUGCGAGUGUGUGCCAGGGUGGGGGGCACCCGGGGGCUCAGCGUGACCAAGGGGGGGGCGCGGGGUCCCCCCCGCUCUGUUGUCGGUGGUUGUUGUGCCGUUGUAUUUUAUUUUAUUUUUUUGUUUGUUUUUUUUUUUCCUUUUUAUAAAACGAGAAAGAUCCA